CACCAUCAUAACUGCAAUCCAUACUCGCGCGAUACAAAUAACCCAAGAAACUGCCCUGCGAUCGUACCAAGCAUCGCCUGCCCAACUGCUGUAAUUCCAGGCCAGCAAUAAUCGCAUUUCUACAAUACACAAAAAACAAGAUGAUCUCCAGCAGGUUUAUGGGAGGAAGCAUCCUCCGACAAGCCUCCAGAACAGCGUGCCGCGCACCAGCGCACUCGAUCGCCGCGCCCACCAUCCUCAGGCAGCUCCAGGCGCAGCAGCAGCAACGACGGCUGCUGACGUCCGAGGUGCGACAGGCCAUCGACAAGGCGGUUGCGUCUGCGCCCGUCGUCCUCUUCAUGAAGGGCACGCCCGAGACCCCGCAGUGCGGCUUCUCGCGAGCCAGCAUCCAGAUCCUCAGCAUGCAGGGCGUCGACCCGGAAAAGUUUGCCGCCUACAACGUCCUCGAGGACCAGAGCCUGAGGGAAGGCAUCAAGGAGUACUCGGAGUGGCCCACCAUCCCCCAGGUCUACAUUGACAAGGAGUUUGUCGGCGGCUGCGAUAUUCUCGUCUCGAUGCACCAGAGCGGCGAGCUCGGAAAGAUGUUGGCCGAGAAGGGAGUGCUCAUCAAGGGGCAGGAGGGCGAGGCUGAUACCAAGUCGGAGUAGAGACAAAGCGGGGGAUUUUAUUUUGCCAAAAUGGAAAGGAGAGGAGGGGGAAGGGAAAGGGAAUGUAUAACAAUGUGUUACGUGAGGACCGGAGAAUGAUGUGGCUAUUUGUCAAAGAAACGCCCAUCAAAAUGAACAUGUACGAGACUGCUUUUUUUUUUGUCCUGUGCUGAUAUAUGUAUAUAAAAAUACCUUUAGAUAUAAUCCGUUCGACUCC